GUGUGUCUGUUUCUCUCCCCAGGCGGGAGUGAGUGUUCCUGGGAUAAGGAGAGGCUGGUGUCGCCCCUGUCUGGAGGUGGUGGGGCGGGCAGAAUAGGGAUGGGGGGACAACAGAGUCUUAACAACCAGGUGAACUCACUACAGAAACAACUACUGGCCAACCGUCUCCAGGACCUCCCCUUCGUGAUGAUGACCCACCCCUUACUUCCUGUCCGGGUGCCCCCGGCGUCGGUUGCCAUGGCGAUGUCGCAGAUGAACCACCUCAACACCAUCGCUAACAUGGCGGCCGCCGCGCAGAUGCACACAUACACACACCAGGCCCCCAUCGUCAAGGAGCGUGUGUGUGACAGUCCAUCCCCAUCUCCUUCUGUCGACGACAUACACACACCUCUCUUGUCCCAGCAGUCCUCACAGCCCAGCUCUACAGCAUCCAGCUCACCAGACCGUCUAACUCUCGAUAGAGAUGUUACUGAAAGACAAAUAUUAGUGAAUAAAAUAGAAAGAGUGAAAGAAGACUCUUCAUUGGCUCUCCCCAUGUCGAAGCCUUCAUUUGAUAGGCUGUCACCAGGCCAGGCCCUGCCCCCUGGCUUCCCUGCUCCCUUCCUGUUUGCUGAUGGAGUUUCCUCUGUUGAGACUCUACUCACCAACAUACAGGGCCUUCUGAAGGUGGCUGUAGAGAACGCCCGUGUCCAGGACACUCAGAUCCAGGCAGAGAAGAGAGGACUGAAGAUGGAGCUGUACCGAGAGAGAGAGAUGAGAGAGAGUCUGGAGAGACAACUCACCUCUGAGUUACAGAGUAAAGCCUCCAUUCAGAAGCGCUUAAAGAAAGAGAAGAAAGCCAAGAGGAAGCUUCAGGAAGCAUUGGAGUUUGAGUCCAAACGGAGGGAGACGUUGGAGCAUUCUCUCAAACACUCCUCCUCCUUGUUUUCCUCCGCCUCUCCUCCCGACACGCUACACAACAGCAGCAGCGAUAUAGUUGUACCGUGAAGAUGAACCAGACCUGAGUGGAAACCAGGACAAGACACUCUGAUUGGUCAAGAUCUAACCUUCAGUUCUGAUGACCUCACCCCGACCCCGUCACGGGGAAACACCAGCCCGUUGCCACGACGACCUAGACAGUGGACCUCCUGGAAAGCUCCCCUUUCUCAUCCCCGAUGACUGACUAUCGUACGCCUCAGAAAUAAACGGAUGAACCAAUUAGAGGAGAGUAAAAAAAAUAUAUAUAUAUAUAUUUUGGAUCAGAGCGACAUCAGUGUUCUGUUCGUUCGUUCCUUCUGAAACUUGGACUGAUGGGAAGAGAGGAAUGUUGUUGUUUCAUCGCUUCAACUUUACAUCUGUCUAUAUAUAUAUAUAUUUUGGAUCAGAGCGACAUCUGUCUAUUUCUAUCUAUUUAUUUCAUGUCUAUUUCUAUCUCUCUCUCUUUCGCUUUCCCCUCCAGAAGUGUUUUGUGGGGAAAUAUUGAUUUAGGUCCUUACAUUAGUCCACCAUUCUGUUCCUGACCCCCCCGAACUCUAACCCCUUGACCUUGACCUAUUAGAGUGAGGACUGUUGUGUUGCUGUUUUUGUUUGUUUUCUUUUGUUCGUUUACCUAUAAUUGUAUCACGGUCGAGAGACUGAAUUGAGGACGAUGAAGAAAAAGCCGCGUGGAUAACAUUCGGCUCCGUCCCAAACAGAAGCCUUUUCGUCUCUACUUUGGUCGCCAACAUGUUAUGGUGAAAGAAUAUAAACUCGCCGGUCACGGAGAAAAGGGUCCUUCUACUUGUAAAUAGUGUUUGUGACUAGUAGGGAGUAGGGACUAGUGGGGACUAGUAGGGACUAGUAGGGAGUAGGGAGUAGGGACUAGUAGGGAGUAGGGACUAGUAGGGAGUAGGGACUAGUAGGGAGUAGGGACUAGUAGGGAGUAGGGACUAGUAGGGAGUAGGGACUAGUAGGGACUAGUAGGGAGUAGGGACUAGUAGGGGGAGUAGGGACUAGUAGGGACUAGUAGGGAGUAGUAGGGACUAGUAGGGACUAGUAGGGAGUAGGGACUAGUAGGGACUAGUAGGAUGCCAUUUGAGACUGAGUGGUUUUACUGACUGUAUGGAGUUUGAGACCUGACGACAAAUACAUUAUUAAAAUACCAGACUUUA